AUGCUCUGGCAGCUUUUCUGCACUACACUAUCUCAGUCUGUUCAUAUCUAUCUGUCUGUCUGUCUAUCUAUCUAUCUAUCUAUCUAUCUAUCUAUCUUAUCUCUUCAUAUCUAUUUAAUUAUCUAUCUAUUCAUCUCAGUCAGUUCAUAUCUAUCUAUCUAUCUACCUAUAUGUAAACAGACUGAUUUCCCUCUCUCUCUUUAUCUAUCAAUGUCAUUUUCAUCAUAUCUAUCUAUCUAUCUAUCUAUCUAUCUAUCUAUCUAUCUAUCUAUCUAUCUAUCAGUCUUUUCAGAUCUAUUUAUCUAUCUAUCCACUCAUCUCUGUCUCUUCAUAUCUAUCUAUCUAUCUAUCUAUCUAUCUAUCUAUCUAUCUAUCUAUCUAUCUAUCUAUCUUAUCUCUUCAUAUCUAUCUAUCUAUCUAUCUAUCUAUCUAUCUAUCUAUCUAUCUAUCUAUCUAUCUCAGUCUUUUCAGAUCUAUCCAUUUAUGUCAUCAUAUCUAUCUAUCUAUCUAUCAGUCUUUUCAGAUCUAUUUAUCUAUCUAUCCAUUCAUCUCUGUCUCUUCAUAUCUAUCUAUCUAUCUAUCUAUCUAUCUAUCUAUCUAUCUAUCUAUCUCAGUCUUUUCAGAUCUAUCCAUUUAUGUCAUCAUAUCUAUCUAUCUAUCAGUCUUUUCAGAUCUAUUUAUCUAACUAUCCAUUCAUCUCUGUCUCUUCAUAUCUGUCUAUCUAUCUAUCUAUCUAUCUAUCUUAGUCUUUUCAGAUCUAUUUAUCUAUCUAACCAUUCAUCUCAGCCUCUUCAUAUCUAUCUAUCUAUCUAUCUAUCUAUCUAUCUAUCUAUCUAUCUAUCUGUCUGUCUUAGUCUUUUCAGAUCUAUUUAUCUAUCUAUCCAUUCAUCUCAGUCUCUUCAUAUCUAUCUAUCUAUCUAUCUAUCUAUCUAUCUAUCUAUCUUACCUCUUCAUAUCUAUCUAUCUAUCUAUCUAUCUAUCUAUCUAUCUAUCUAUCUAUCUAUCUAUCUAUCUGUCUUAGUCUUUUCAGAUCAAUUUAUCUAUCUAUCCAUUCAUCUCAGUCUCUUCAUAUCUAUCUAUCUAUCUAUCUAUCUAUCUUACCUCUUCAUAUCUAUCUAUCUAUCUAUCUAUCUAUCUAUCUAUCUAUCUAUCUAUCUAUCUAUCUAUCUGUCUGUCUUAGUCUUUUCAGAUCUAUUUAUCUAUCUAUCCAUUCAUCUCAGUAUCUUCAUAUCUAUCUAUCUAUCUAUCUAUCUAUCUAUCUAUCUAUCUAUCUAUCUUAGCCUUUUCAGAUCUAUUUAUCUAUCUAUCCAUUCAUCUCAGUCUCUUCAUAUCUAUCUAUCUAUCUAUCUAUCUAUCUAUCCCAGUCUCUUCAUGUCUAUUUAUCUCAUUCUUGUCAACAAUUUUUAG